AGCCAGUUUGGCUCAAGCCUUUUGAUGGUACAGGUCCUCCAGAAGUCUUGUUCCACGAAGGUGAUACAGAACCCAUGCCACCCCGUAGUCAUGCACUCUUCUCCAUACUGUAUCUUCUGUUGCAGUCUGAUUGGCUCACGGCCUUGAGUUUGCAGGACAAUGGGGCAAAUACGCUGACGAGAUCGAUGCCGCAGAAUCAGAUGUCGUGCCAAAUCAUGGAUUUCAUUGACUUCCCUGAUUUCCUCACGUAUGCGCCUAAAAAUUGUCCGUGGUGGCCUAACUGUUCCAUUCGCCAUUACAGCAUGUCGGACUUAUAUAAGCCUCCGGAAGGUCUCAAACACAAAAGUUGGGCACCAUCAUCUUGGGCUUCGCAGUCUUCCACGAAGUCGCAGACCGAAACAUAUGAGUGGAGGGCGGCAGCGGGUGCGGGCGUGGGCGAUUUCAAUCAGUUUUUGUUGGAGCAGGUGAUGCUUGCAAAAUGGCAGGGCUCAGGGAAAUGCUGCACAGUAGAAAAGGGGAACUGCGCAGGCAAUGAAGAGGUCAUAAUCUACCCGUCAUUCAUUCUGCAUUUCCAUAUGGAGUUCGGGUACAAUUGGCAUAUGCUUUGGCAAGACUCCCUUCACGGAAAGGUAAUCUACGAGUAUUGGAACGCCAUAUAUACACGUCAUUGGAAAAAAGGCCGCAAGCCUAUGAUCGUAACACACCUGAGCUACACUUGGGAUUCAAGACUUUCUAUCGAAUUUCUUAAAGUUCUAUCUCAUCGCUUCCCCAAGGAAUUCGUAAAACAUAUAAUCAUAGGUGGCCUGGAAUCAGACAUGCGAUCCAAGGACAAAAAGCAUAUGAAAGAACUGCCCACUCUGGUCGCGCUUCCUUAUCCGGUUGGGAUCAUCAAUGCGGUGCGUUUCGCAUCCAGAGAUGGAUCCGGAUUUGAUCCAAAUCGUGACCGACCUAUCAUUAUCAAUUUCGAAGGCGAUUGGAGCAGAGACCGUGAUGGCGGGAAUAUUGCCAGGCCCUAUUUGCAUUCAAAGCUUGAGAAAUACAUCGGGAAAUCAAGCCCACAUGUGCACGUUUGUAGAGAGUCGAAUGCAAGGACAGACGCACAGCACAUUUGUGGACAGGAGAUGACAAGAGGUUUUGAAUCGUCGUUGAACAGCGUAUUUUGUUUAGAGCCACCUGGGGACACCCUUACACGAUCCCAUUUGUACGUGGCAGUUCUGACUGGUUGUGUUCCAGUUAUUUUUGAUGGCGGCCAUACAUCGUAUGGGCCACACGAAACUGCAUGGGCUUGGAGAAAAACAAAUGCAUCUCAUUCUUCGCGCUCUGUAGAUUACAAGUCUUUUGCGGUUGUGUACGAAAUGGAUGCGAUGAAAAACGUGGACUGGGUGCAGGAUCUGCUGGAUAUGCCUGUGAAGAAUCCAGAUCGAUUACUUGAGCUUCGCCGUGGUCUUGACAAUGUAGCGCCUCAGAUGAGAUAUUCACCUGAAGCUAAUAAGAACGACGCUUUCGAUGCAUUCGUUGCUGAGAUCGAUGACAUACGCUUGAGCCAUCAUUGAUUGACAGUCGAGCGCUUCGCUCGCGAGUCAACUCUAAGUCAAAUGUGACAUCAUGCGUUGUCGCCGCCUUCGUCAGCUGUAUGAGCAAAAAGGCGAACGGUGACGUAAACAUUUAUGAACACCAGAGUUUCCAAGAGCUCGCAGAGACGUGACACGCUUUGUUACCCAGGCUCCCAAGAGCGAACAGUGACGAGGCAGCCUUCGAGCGCCACGGCUCCCAGUUCGAACGAUGAGGUACACGGCUCUGAACGCCGAGGCGCCCAAAAGCGCAUGGUGGCGUGGAAAGCUCUUCACACCAAGGCUCUCAAGACCGAACGGCGCCAUGAGCCCUUCCCGGGCAGGCUUCGGCCC